AUGGCGGCGCUUUCAAAUGCCUCACUUUAUGUUCUUCUAAAUGUUCUUCUGGUAAUCCAAACAACAGUUGGUGGUAUCCCAAUAAGGUCAGGUCUAUAUGAAGACCAUGAUUAUCUCUCCUUGCCAAAUAAUGCUGAACCCCCUUGCUCUUGUUCCCCCAAUAAUACCCAGAGAAGAAAUGAAACAGAAGACAACUAUCAGCCAAUGCAAGAUGACAGGAGAAGAUUGAGGGCAGAUCCACCCAGUAUUCCAGAUAUUGAGCCAAUGCAAGAUGACAGCAGCAGAUUGAUGGCAGAUCAACCCAGUAUUCCAGAUAUUGAGAUGGAAGAUGUAUUACUUGAGGAAAUAGCCCCUGAGGAUUUGGAUAAUGUAAGAUAAUUAUGUUGCAUGUAAUUACAUGUAGUACAACAUGUAGUCAAUGUCACAAUAAUUCAAAGCCAUGCUAUUUAUAUAUAAUAUGUUUACAUAAUAAUAAAUAAUUUUAUGAAGAAAACAUUAAGGUUUAGACAUUUCUGAUCUAAUUGAUCUUAAUGUCCUACCAUUUUGUGAAAGGCCAUAUAAAUAUAAGUCCUUGUAAAUUAUUAUAAAAUAUACCUAAUUAUAAGCCAUAAAAUCUUUAAGAAAUGUCGGGAGAGGUGACAUUUUAAUGGCUCUUGUAUAUAUAGACUAUAAAGAAAAGAAAACUCUAGAUGUUAUUGGCCUAUUUAUUUUAAAACAAAGUGGCACGUUAUGCUUAAUCUAACUGGUGAAUUGUCCCUCGUUCCUUAAUAAAUUUGGGAGGGGGGGGGUGUAGAAAAAAUUAAGAAAUCAUAGACCUACAUGCAAUUAAGAGAAAUCUAUUUUACACAGAUGAAGGAGAAAAAAAAACCAAACAAAUUUUGAAUUAGAGAACACUUGUAUAUAUUUAUAUUAUAUAUUAUGACUACAGGGCUAAUGAAAUCAUUUUUAAUAUUCCGGGAGUGCUUAAUCUAAUUAAUUUAACUUUCUAAAUUCUAAAAAAAAAAAAAAAAUUAAAAAUUGUAGCAUAAUAUACAGUGACAUAAUUGAACAAAUCUUAAGUACCAAAAAAUAAUUGGACAAAACUACACCACCCUAUCCUAUAUAAUUAUUAGAGCCCUGUCUUAACACCAGAAUCCCUGACCCAGGGGCCAUGUAUGCUUAGAAAAUAAAAAAAAUAUGUUUGAUUUUAUUAUAAUCCUAGUCAAACAGGCUUCAUGCCAAGUUGAUUUAUUGUCAA